AUGGAAGCAGAUCGCAAAGUUGAAACAGAACGGCCUAAUUGCUCUGUCUGCGCCGUUGCUGAGUACAACUUUUAUUCCGAAGUAUUUGGAAUCCCUUGUCCUCAAUGCGGCGAGUGCUUGACUUUGGCGUUUUACAAGAGUCACUUAAUAGUCUGUCACCAGGAUGAAUUCUUUGUUGCUCAUAUCUGCAGUGAAUGUGAGAACAAAAUAUGGGAGUGUACACAGUAUGCCUCCUUUGGGUCAGAAGCUUGGGGACAGAAUGAGAAUUAUGCCGACUAUACCGAAUCCACCCUCAAACACCGUGACACUGUAGAGAGUGUCUUGACUGAGUCUAACGCCUACGAAGCGAUAGCGGAUCCUUCUCAGUCACAGAGGAAAGCCCCAAGGCCAGUCUUCCACACAACAAAGUCCGAUGACCUCUUUCUGCGGCUUCGUGAGGAAUUCCAAUCGUGGACAACUAUCCACAGUUACUUCCCUAGUUGCAAAUUGAAGACAUUGAGAUCCAAUUGUUCGAAAGCAAGGUCGUCUAGAUCUUCCUUCAACUCCGACAAGGACAGCAUGCUCAUUCAACUAAGAGUCCAAGGGAUGUCCGGGGACAAGAUUGCUGCAAAGAUGAAAAUGAACAGGACUAUAUUAUCAAAACGUCACCGCUACUUAUUAGACAAGAAAGAUAAGGUCCUGUCGAAACCAGCUGCAAAAUCUAUUUGCCACAAGCGCGAGGACGGCCAACAAAUGGUUCUAUGA